AGUAACACCUAAUACUUUGCUUCUGCUAAUUCCUCAGUAUACACAGAGGAAUCAUUAUGCAGAGGUUUAAGUACCGAGAUUUCAAGGUGUGCUAAAGCUUGAUUCAGAUCAGAACCACGGUGCAAGGAAAGGAUUAAAAAAAUACCAAAAAAAUAGUAAAACUGAAAACUACGAAAAAAAUUACCAGAACUUCACAAUUAUAUCUUUGCAAAUGUGCUUAAAUCUUGCACAGCUACCUUCUGUUAUAACUUCUGAAAGUUUUAUACAAGAUAAUCCAGUCAUUUCAAUAGCAACAAAGUCAGCAAUAAAGCCACUACAGAGAAAAAACAAGCCGUGCUUCAUUAAAUCAGAGAAUCUUUUCAUGGAACAUCCUAUUCUUCAUGGAAACAGCUCUAAUGAAAAAAAUGUUGCGUAAACAUCAUAAAACUCUGCCAAAUGUUGGGAAAGCCCCUGCUAAUAUGUCCACCUCAUGUUUAAAACAGGCCACAACAUCCAUUGUGUCAGAUCCUCUCAUACUUUCACAAGAAAGAGCAGGUUUACAUUCUACUAUUAAAAUAAGCCCUGCAAAAAAGAGGCCAGAGACGGUUCUAAUAUCAAAACGGUCAAGCACUGGAGCUAUGUCUCAGGACCAAUGGGAUCGGCCAGUUAUUCCACCAAGAAGACCUGGCUUCAGGGUGUGCUAUAUCUGUGGCAAGGAGUUUGGGUCACAGUCUCUUCCUAUCCAUGAGCCAAAAUGCUUGGAGAAGUGGCACAUUGAAAAUGACAAGUUACCAAAGCAUCUCAGACGACAAGAGCCCAUUAAACCUCAGGCUCUUUCAGGAGGUUCUUACAAUAUCAAGGCUGGAAACAGAUUACCUUUUCAAGGUAAUCAAGAUCAACUCCUGCCCUGUGAAAACUGUGGUUGCACUUUUCUUCCAGAUCCUCUACUUGUUCACCAACAGAGCUGUAAAGCAAAGUCCAGCCCAGGGACUUCAAGCUUCAGUCCCACUAAAUCUUCUAGAUCUUCAGGCUCUGGGGCUACAUCAGUGUUUCCAGACAAGGUUGCAGUGAUAAAGCGGCCUCCAACUGUUAUUUGUUACAUUUGUGGGCGUGAGUAUGGAACUAAGUCUAUAAGCAUCCAUGAACCACAGUGUCUGAAAAAAUGGCACAUUGAGAAUGACCAACUGCCAAAACAUUUACGAAGACCUGAACCCAAGAAGCCAGAAAUGAGAUCCAUAGGAGCCAAAGGUUACUAUGAUCUUGAUGCUUUAAACGAGUCUGCUUGGAACAGCGCCCAGAGCCAGUUAGUUCCAUGUGAUAUUUGUGGUCGUACCUUCCUGCCAGACAGACUGAUCGUCCACCAACGGUCAUGUAAACUGAAGAUCCCAAAAUAAAAUGCUUCUGCUUGCUAGCUAAAUUUUUAAAGAAAAAGAUUGCCAUUGCAACGUAUAGGACAGAGGUUCCAACACUGAACAAUCAUAAAAGUAUAGAGAAUCAAGUUCUGAACAUGCCCAGUUCAUAAUCAUUGUGUGAAUUUAUUACCUAGGUGAAAUAUAGACAUUUUUCUUCCACUGGUGUUUUGCAGCAGUGGCACUGAUUGUGUGUUUCGUUAUGAAAUGAGUCUAAACCUCACCACCAGGGCAGUUUGCUGCCUAGAGCAUGACUAGUGAACACCACUGUUUUAGUAUGCCACCCUCCAUUACAAAGUGCUUAUUCUUUUCUAGACAUCUGUAUUAAUAAAUCAUGUGUAAAACUCAGGACGGUCAUCUUUUUUUCCCCUCCACAUAUUUUUUACUUUUGAAGUUUCUAUUAAAAGGUCUCUUCUGAAAAGGCAGGGGAGGGAAGAGACAAUAAAAGCUUCAGUGACCUUCUUCAAAAUUUGACAUUUUUGUGUGUUUGAAAGACAAAGAUCUUACGUGUCUUAGGUGUUUUUGAAUAUACAAUAUUUAGGUUUCACAAAUAUCCUGGUUUAAUUGUCAACCUUGUAUACAGGUUCUGAAAGUUAUAGUUUAUGGUAGACUUCCCCCCAAACCCUACUCAAGGAGUCCCCCAAGUGGCACCAACGGGUGCUAUGGCAUUCAGCAAUACGUUUCCUGAUGCCCACCAAGUGUUUUUAGAAAGUGUGUGGGACCAGGUGGGGCUCUGAACAGCAGUUCAUCUGAUUGGCCAUUGGUGAUCUAAUUGACUGUGCAGAUUUUUUUUUAAUCAUAGCUUUGAUAUCAGCUGCCAUCAUAGCACAAGAAUCUUCACUGUGUGAAGAUAAGCUUUGAGUAAGCAAGAAAAUAUUUUUUAAAAUAUGUUCAUUUUUAAAAGGUGGCCUAUUAUGCACAGCUUUAGCCUGAAAUGUUGAAGAGUCACUAGAAAAAUUAUUCAUAACCUCACUUCCAAAUGUGCCCACAGACUCAAAACGAUUGGAGACCCUUGCCCUACUCUCUGAUCUGAACUGUUUUUACAAUUAUCUACUCCAGUAACCAACUUCAGUUUAAGGAUAAGAUAUGGGAGUUGUGGCCACUGUGUCUUUCUCCAAAAUAUCUAUUGACGGGGUUAACCAAAACACUUUUUUGCUGCCCGGGAGUCAUUCCUCCUGUGAGAGGUCAAAAUCCUGCUUUUUUCUGCAGACUACCAAUUCCCUUUAUAUCCUCAUUGGACUGUUCAGUGAGUCAAUAACAGCCAGUCAGGGCCCUUAGAGUCUUGAGAGCAGGUGGAAGGGGGGAGUUGGAAUAAAAAAGCCUUUAACAGCCAUUUUUCCUUCAGGCAUGGUUUAGCCACUAGUGAGCCAGGCUAGGGAAUCCUUAGUCUCAGGAGACAGUGUGAGUCUGACUUCAGUGGAAAUAAAAUGGUACAGCAUAGUGCCCAGAAGAGGUUCACACCAAAUGAUUAGUUCUCAUUCCAUAGUAUUUCCGGGUUGAAGGAAACUAACAGAUUGUGGUCUUAUUUCAAAGUACUCUGUUAGCGCUUAUUUGGGAUUCAGCAGGGGUCAUUUCAUAGAAAAAGAGCAGGAGGAACUCAUUAGCAUAACUCAUUAGCAUAUGCCACACCCCUUGCCAUCACCAGAAGUGUGUCAUUAGCAUAACUGAUUUGCAUAUGCCACCCUGACGUCACCUAUCCUGGCUGUUUUCGACCCAAUCCUGGCCAUUCAGGAGGGCCGAAAUUGGGCCCAAAAUGGCCGAAAAGGGGCCCAAAAUGGUCAGGAUCGGGCCACCCGUCAGAGGCCCGAUCUGGGCCAUUUCGGCCCCAAUUCAGGCUGAAACGGACCCAAAAUGGCUGAGAGUCAGGUGGGCGGGACCACCUGUCAUGUGACCUAUUUGGGGAACUGCCGGAACUGCGUUCUUGUGUGUUCUGAGCCCUGGGAUUCAGUAUCCCUGGGUGCAAUCAUUCGUAAUUUUCUCAUACUGCAGAUUAGCAGUUAUUUUCUCACUGUCCUUGGAAUCCAUUGUUUUGUCUGUACCUAUUGCUAUGUUCUGUGUCCAGCAGAUGCUAAGUUAUAUUUGUACAUAGUUUUAAGCCUUGGUGCACUAUCUAAGGCUUUUAACAAUUUUCAGUAAAUGAAUAAAAGAGUGUUUUUAA